UUAGUUGCGUCUAUGCCGUUAAGUGACCAAACACUCGGCAACAUUUAUGUGUGUGGCGCGGUUCGUGGGGCCGCCGCUUCUUUCGAUCAAAAUUCUUCUUGAUAUUGUGCGGUUUUGUUGUGACAGUGACGUGAAUUAUGGGGUGUUUUUGCAGCUAAAUUUUGAGAGGACAAAUAAUUCGGCGGACAAAUGAUGCCACCCUCGAUCAGACAAAUGCCAACGCUGCGAGCAUCCCUGGCGCAAGUCCUACUGGCUAUGCUCCUUGUUCCUUCAGUCCACUCAUUCUCACCAAGAUUCAACUUCAACUCUAACACAGGUCGAAAACUUUUUGGCGGCUACCGAAUCGUGCCGUCGCCAUGCAAGUCCGAGACAGACGGCCGGCAGGGGAUCUGCAUGUUCAACUACGAGUGCGCUCAACGGCAGGGCGACGUCAUCGGCGCCUGCAUGGACGGCUUCCUGUUCGGCGCGUGCUGCCAACUGCCCCCGGGGGCCUCCUACCCUGGAGACACGUCCAGCCUGCCUGUGAAGCCGGCCUUCGAGAACCCGUCCACGGUGGAGACGGACGUGUUCAGUCUGGUGACAGGCAGCACCACCACCAUGCGCACGCCAACCAGGCCUUCCCCGACGACCACGGUGCGCAUCCCUCCACCCUCAUUCGUGGCCACCAGACCCACCCCUCCGACCUUCUCUGCCGAGAAGGUCACCCAGAGACCACAGGCCACAGUCAUUCCGGACGAGGACGUGCAGAACUCGGCGUCCAUCAGUCACAUUUUGCACCUUUUAAACGACUCGUCUAUGGCUGAGUCCAUUCCCGAAGCCGGACUGGUGCUUAUUUCCUCUUCCUCCACCCAGACUUCAUCGCCUACUGAGAGGCCACAGCCAUCCCUCUCAACAUGGGUUUCUGUGAAUAAGAGCCCUACCAACCCCUCCACAACGCAAGCCCCUUCGAACCAACCCAGUUUCAUUGUGACCUCUAAUGACAUCCGUCCGGUCACACCCAGGCCCACCCCCUCCGCUCCUGCUCCCACGGUCAUCGUCCUCGGACCCUUUGACUCCCAAAACAUCAAUCCCAUUCCGGAUGUCAUUUCCCGCCCUCCUGGAAGUAUCCAAUCCGUAGUGGCCGAGGAGCCAAGCACCCCUGCGACCCCUGCUUUCGUCGCCCCUACCUUCGAUGACGCCGAGUUGACCAGCAAGGUGCACCAAUUUGUGGACAAAAUCGUCAAUUCCCUUGCUGGAGACUUCCAAAACUUGGAGGAUGUGGUGCUGAGCAACAAGAACAUCACCCUCAACGCUGCCACGACCCCUGCUCCUUCAACCACCACCAAGAAACCUCUUAGAAAACCAACAACCCCCACGGUCAAGCCAGUUAAAAAGCCAACAUCAAGCAAACCUCCUGUUGAGGCUGUGGUGGCUGAGACUCCAAGACCAACAAAGAAGCCAGCGGCAAACACAAAUAAGCCUCCGUCUGCAAACAAGCCAGUCAAACCUGCAACUGUCACUACAACAACUACUACAACCUCUAGACCUGCAGACUUCAGGAGAGAAUGUGGAGUUCGACCUUUGGUGAAGAGUGCAAAGAAGAACGGGCGCAUUGUGGGUGGAAAAAUCGCCACCUUUGGAGAGUGGCCCUGGCAGGUUUUGGUCAGGGAGUCAACUUGGUUGGGACUUUUCACAAAAAACAAAUGUGGCGGAGUGUUGAUCACCAGCAAAUAUGUCGUCACAGCUGCUCAUUGCCAACCAGGUUUCUUGGCCUCGUUGGUGGCAGUUUUUGGAGAGUACGACCUGAGCAGUGAAUUGGAAUCGCGCAGGGCAGUGGUGAAGAAUGUCAAGAGGGUCAUCAUCCACCGCUCCUACGAACCAGCCACCUUUGAAAACGACAUUGCCCUCCUCGAGCUGGAGUCGGCUGUCCCAUUCGAGGAGCACAUUGUGCCAAUAUGCCUGCCCGAUGACGACGAGGAUUUCACCGGCCGAAUGGCCACAGUCAGUGGAUGGGGCAGACUGAAAUACGGCGGAGGAGUGCCUAGUGUUCUGCAGGAGGUGCAGGUGCCCAUCAUGGAGAAUAAUGUGUGCCAGGACAUGUUCCACGCCUCUGGACACACCAAGACAAUUAUUUCGUCUUUCCUGUGUGCCGGAUAUGCUAAUGGACAAAAGGACUCCUGCGAGGGAGACAGUGGUGGUCCCCUGAUGGUGGAAAGGGACGGUCGGUGGAUCUUGGCUGGAACAGUUUCUCACGGGAUCAAGUGUGCGGCUCCUUUCCUGCCCGGCGUCUACAUGAGGACGACCUACUACAAGCCUUGGCUCAAAACCAUCACCGGCACCAGCUAAGCAGUCUCCUCUGCUCUCCGUGCCAGUGCCUCACAAAACAGAACUUUCAACGAUGUGAUACUGACAAAGAAGAGUUUCCAGAACUGCGCCCUCCAAAGUGAUUUCCCAUUUCUUAACUCCACAGACUCUGAUCAGAAGAGAUUCCGCGGUGCUAACUUAAUUUUCGAACAGGUUUUUAACAACGACGUAGACAGUUAGAUUUAUUUAUUUAAUUAUUUAUUGAAAAAGAUUUUAUUUAUAUUUACUUGCAAAAGUUUGUAAGGCUAAUAAACAGAUCUGUUAAGAUACAA